AUGAUUACCCUUUGGAAAUACUUCGGCUCCAAAAUCUUGACAAGAACAACUUCGUACGAACAGUGGCAGCAAGAACCUUUGGCCAUGAACAGGAACAACAUUCUGGCCCUUACCGACGCCGAUGUGAACGGCAUCGACGAUUCAAAUCUGUACGAAAGCCGCCUAAAGCUUAAACCUCAAUUGACUCGACCUGCGGCAACUCGGGUUGUUAUUACCCAUCUCUUUGCUCAGUGCAUACGCCGCACCAAACUCUACUCGUUCGUCACUUUCGCUGCCCUCGUCCUUCUCCGGCGCCUUUUGGUGCUCACGCUCUCGUAUAAUCCUUCUCCGCCAAAGUCCCUUGGACGUGUUGCACUCCAACAUUUUCGUAAUGGCCGGGUGCAAGCAGGAGGUGGCGAGAGGUCACACUCAGGCGCGAAUCAGCGUGAGCUUUUUUCAGGGGUAGAGGCAGCGCCAGGCUUCAUAAGGUUGUACUUGCAAUUAAGCCUAGUGCGAGAGGGCGGAGGGAGACUGCAGGCGAAAGGAUCGAGGGUACCUGACGUUCGGCUGCGUAGGAGGUACUCCUUGAUAGUCAAGCUUGGACUACACCAGCGCCUCCGAGCCGUCGGUCAGCGUUUUGACAAGUCAAACGCGGACUUGAAAGCAAGACCGCUGGCGCUUACCGUAGAGAGGGCCACGUACUUCAUUUAUCCAUAUUUAUUGUCCUUUAAAGAUCGCAUAGUCAAAACGCCCUUUUCGCGAGAGGCUUACUCUUCACUAUCUGGCCAAGCACUUGUCAGUCCAUGCCAAGCCCACGUCACUAGUAAUACAAGUGCCCACCUCAGCCUAAUCGAUCUCAUCGGAUCAGCCUCUCGAGAAGACCUGUCCAUCACGACUAUGGCCCAUGCGGUUUUCUAUAGCUUCUACGCCGACUGCAAUCUCGUAGAUGGACUUUGA